AAAGAUUUGGAGGUGAAGGGAGGGAAAAAAAAGGAACAGGGUGGAGUAAAAUGGGAGAAAGGCAAAGGGGUUGAGGGGAAACUGGUGCAUUCGUUGUGGGCACGGACUUUUGGCAGCCAUUCAAUGCUCCACCAAACGCUCAUCCCUUCUUCCUCCCUUUCCUUCCCCUGCUCCGCCCCUCUCUCGCCUCCUCUCCUCCUCCGCGCCUCAAACGCCGCCGCCGCCACAGCCACCGCUACCCAGGGCUCCAAUACCUUACGCCCGCCAGCCAUGCCGUCCUACGCGCACCACCACAGCUCUCUGGAUGGGAAGAUGGAGGCGCUGAAAAGUAGUUGCCGGUCGGAGGAGGCGGCCGACGAGGGGGCGGCCGCUGCGCCGGCGGCGUGGGGGAUGGUGGAGAGGGACGGGUUCUCUGUCGAGGACCUGCUGGACCUUGAGGAGUUCUGCGAGGCGGAGAAGGACGGCGGCGAGGAGCACGAGCUGGCGCCGGUCGUCGCCGCGUCCCAGGAGGACAUGUCGAAGGACGAGUCCCAGCAGUCGUCCGUCGUAUCGUUCGAGCUUGUGCCGCCCCCACCGCCGCCGGCGGAGAUUGUUGACCUGCCGGCGCAUGACGUCGAAGAGCUAGAGUGGGUGUCGCGCAUCAUGGACGACUCCCUUUCCGAGUUGCCCCCGCCGCCUCCGCCUCCCGCGUCGGUCGUGGCGUCGUUAGCCGAGAGACAGCCGCAGCGGCGGCCUCAGGACGGAGCUUACCGCGCUCUGCCACCCGCGUCGUAUCCGUUGCGGACUCCGACCAUCUGCGCGCUGUCAACGGAGGCGCUUGUGCCGGUGAAGGCGAAGCGCAGCAAGCGCUCGCGGGCCUCGGCGUGGUCUCUCUCGGGGGCCUCGCCUUUCUCGGACUCGACGUCGUCCUCGUCCACCACCACCACCUCCUCGUGCUCGUCGUCGGCUUCGUUCUCGCCGCUCCUUAAGUUUCAGUGGUACCCGCUGAGCGGCACCUCGGACCUGCCGGAGGAUUACAGCCAUCACCUCCUGCCGCCGGGGAAGAAGUCCAAGCACGGUAAGAACGGCAAGAACAAGCCCAAGAAGCGUGGCCGCAAGCCGAAGCAGCUCCCUCCCCAUCCCUCGAGCGCGGUGGGGGCCGCCCCAGCACCGGGCGACAGGCGCUGUAGCCACUGCGGCGUCCAGAAGACCCCGCAGUGGCGCGCGGGGCCGGAGGGCGCCAAGACGCUCUGCAACGCGUGCGGCGUUCGCUACAAGUCCGGCCGCCUCCUCCCCGAGUACCGCCCGGCGUGCAGCCCCACCUUCGUGAGCGCCAUCCACUCCAACUCCCACCGCAAGGUGCUCGAGAUGCGGCGCAAGAAAGAGGCCGGCAUCCUCACCACCGCGGCCCCCGCCGUGGCGUCGUUCUAGCUAAAAGCUAAGCCACCCUGCGCGCGCCCGCGGUGGCUGUACAUUUUUCCAGCCGUAUUAGUCUUGUACCGUACCUGAUUUUUCCCCCUUUCUCUUAGUAUUAUCUUAGUUCCGGUUGGAUUAAUUAGAGUUAGGUGCCUUUAGGUCAUGUUAGGUCUAGGAAUUCAGCUUUCCGGUGCUCCAGCUCAAAGCUUUUACUAUAGUUUGUUAGAGCAAGCCGCAGUGGCGCUAGUGCUGAGUGCAGACAGGGACUUCAUUUCCAUUCUAGCUAGUGCUCCGGCUUGCGUUGGUCCAUGAAUGCUGGGUGAUUAUUUCCGAGCCAAGCAAGGAGAAACCAAGAACCAAGCGCCCUUUGCAUGGCGAGAAGGGAAGGAAGACGAAACUGAUCACCUUGUUUUAUUCCCCAAUGCCAGGAGAGAAGAGUGCAGAAGCAGUGUGAGCGACGGGUGGGUGUGUGUUGCGUGCACCCUUGGUUACAUCGCGUGAUGGUGUCAACUGUAACAGCAUGAUAUGCUUGCUUAGUUAGGAGGAUGAGGGUUGAGAUAGCGAGGGAUAGAAGCAAUCGGCAUCAGAUAGAUGGAGAUGUUGCAUGUUUUGCAGAAGUCUUUGCUACUAUACUGCUGAAUUAGUAGUACUCCUAUCAGUGAUGAGAGGUAGGAGUGUGGAACUGGGAGGUAGGGCCCUUUGCAAGUUAGUAAUCCUGUCUAGUCUCACUCAUGCAGCUGUGUGGCCCUUUCUGCCUGGUGGUCUUUGUACCUGGAACGGAGAACUGUUUGAAAAAUGGAACAUCUACUAUACACCUCUC